CUCGCCAUUCAGCCUUUAUAGUUUUGUCUCUUGUCUGUGGCCAAUCUCAUCUACAGCUUUCGUACCGAUCGUCUGUGUCCCCGUCCACGUCGCAGUGUCAGAGACCUGCACAGCUCCCUCCACACUACAGCAUGACACUCUCUCUCAAGCCUCGAGAAUCUCUCCCGCCAUUCACCUUUUCCACCGCUUCCUCGCCAUCCAAUGUAUCUUCUGCGCCCCGGCCUCCAGCGGACUUCAUCCCUGAACGCGAUAUGAAUCUCUUUGGUGCUUAUCCACAAGCGGGAAGUAGUGAAUCUGGCAGAGGUCUCGUAGUGUGUCCAAGGUGUGACAAGGCGGUCUUAGAGCUAGCUCUCGGGGAUCAUAAACGGAUCUGCUCUCAUAUCCUUGACGGUACACCAUUGACCAUCAAGAAGAGCAUCAAGAGAGCUCGAAGAGCUAGUGACUUAUCGUCAUCCGAAUCACCAAGCAAGAAACGUGCCAAGCUACCUGUAUCAGAUGACGAGGAUGAUGAGGCGCCGCUGGUCAAGGGUGUCAAGAAGGUUCAAAUGAAGAAGAUACAAAAAGAGCAGGCGAAGCUAGAGCGCAAAGCUGCCAAGGAACGUGAGAAGAUCGCCGUCGCAGAGAGAAAGCGAAUGCGAGGGAAUGGUCCCGUCGAUCUCGAUCGCCAAUGCGGAGUCAUCAACGACAAGAACUUGCCCUGUUCUCGUUCUCUCACAUGUAAAACCCACACUGUUGGAGCCAAGCGCGCCGUAGAAGGUCGUUCACGUUCCUACGAUGAUCUCUACCUCGAAUGGCAACGGAACAACAAUCCCAAUUUCAAGGAACCUGCUCCGAAGAAAGAACGAGAAGCUCGUCGAGCAGAAAAGAAAGAGCGAGAUAGGGCGAUCGCAGAUGAGAAUAAGCGGAAGAGAGGAACAACCUGGGUCGAUGACGAUGGGUUGGGAGAUGGUGAAGACGGUAAGAGGGAAAUGGAGGAACUGGUUCACGUCACACGUCUCGCUGGUCAACGCGUUUGUCCCCGUAUUCACGGCAGCGUUUGGAUCAGCAUCGUGGGAAGCUCUGGUACAGCCACGAAGAGGGGCCUGGGCGGAGGUUACGAGAUUGCCCAGGUGGGCGAUAUGCUCACCAAGGCUUUGGCGGCUAGACCGAAACCUCCAUCACUCAUCGCAAAGAUCCCGGCAAAAGUCAUGCCAGGAACAAUGGGUAUACAGCAGUUCCCCGUCGCUGCGGUGUAGAGGUGUGAAUCGGGGCAUUCGCACGCGUUGAAGUGUCAUCAUUUCCUCAUCGUCAUUGUUAAUUGUUGUAUCGUUGACCCGCUGGCAGCUAUACCUUAUCGUCCUAUGUAUUCCGCUUGUGACGA